AUGGCACAAAGAGAUUUAACAUUUAACGCACCUCAUUCUGGUGAAGAGGAGGGUUUAGACAACCCUUUCGUUGCACCAGGGGAGGAUGAAUCAAGCUCAUUUGGUUCUAAUCAACAAUCAUUUAGUCAGCUGGAAGAAGGGGCACAAUAUGACAGGCCCUACAAUGAGUAUAAUGGAUAUUAUUCGUCACAAAAUGGAACAACAUCGAACUUACUUUCUCAUAAUAACAGCUCUUCUAGUGAUGAUCAAACCCAUAACUUGCUCUCAGCAAAUACUCCACCUCAAACAUCCAUUCAAGCUCCACCUGAAUACGACAGAUAUCCUUCUAUGGCUGGAUCAAGAGUUGUAUCCUCAAGCUCAUUAUCUUCUCACUUCCAUCAACAAAAGGCUCCUCAGAAGUCUUCAGACGAGGAUGACUCAGCAAGUUCUAACAAGUCAUCCAAUCCAUUUUUACAUACUGCCGAUUUCAGUCCCUUCGGAGGUUAUCCAGCCUCUUCAUUUCCUUUGCAUAUUGAUGAGAAAGAACAGGACGAUUACUUGCACAAUCCAGAUCCAAUAAGGGAUGCCGAAUAUGAUAAGAACAGGUUUAUAUAUGAUUUGAAAAAUAUGGACAAAAGAUCAAUGGGUGGGUUUUUAGGUGUCAUAUUUUUACUUGUUGCAGCGGUAAUGGUUUUUAUAAUCUUACCGGUAUUGACGUAUUCUGGUAUCACUCAUCAUUAUGUUCCUCAAACGUAUGAGGUGUUAACUCAUUAUAAGUAUCCUAUACUAAGUGCUAUCAGGACUAGUCUUAUUGACCCUGACACUCCUCCAAGUGAAUAUACUAGAAAGAACAAGAAUGGAGACGAAUGGAAAUUGGUAUUUUCGGAUGAAUUCGAUGCUGAAGGGAGAACUUUCUACGAAGGUGAUGAUCAAUUUUUUACAGCUGUUGACUUAAAUUAUGGUGCUACACAUGAUUUGGAGUGGUACGAUCCCGAUGCAGCUACAACUGAAAAAGGAACUCUCAAUCUUAGAAUGGAUGCUUAUAAAAAUCAUGACUUAUUUUACAGAUCUGCGAUGGUUCAAAGUUGGAAUAAAAUGUGUUUUACUCAAGGAAUAUUGGAGAUUUCAGCUAGGUUACCGCAUUAUUUUAACGUAUCUGGUUUGUGGCCUGGUUUGUGGACUAUGGGAAAUUUGGGUCGGCCUGGAUAUUUAGCCUCCACCGAUGGUGUAUGGCCGUACACUUACGAAGCGUGUGAUGCCGGGAUUACACCGAAUCAGUCAUCGCCUGAUGGUAUUUCAUAUUUGCCUGGACAAAGAUUGAACUCUUGUACAUGUCCUGGUGAGAAGCAUCCAAAUCCCGGCACUGGUAGAGGUGCACCUGAAAUCGAUAUUCUUGAAGGUGAGAUUGACGCUGACAUGAGAGGUGUCGCAUCACAAUCGAUGCAGAUAGCGCCUUUCGAUAUUUGGUAUUACCCAGAUUAUAAUUUCGUUGAAAUACAUAAUCAUUCCGUUACCAAUAUAAAUACUUAUACUGGUGGUCCCUUUCAACAAGCUGUUUCUGGAGUAACUGUAUUGAAUAGUGACUGGUAUGAAAAAGGUGGAAAUGAAAAUGGAUACCAGUCAUACGCAUAUGAAUACUUGAAUGAUAAAGACGACGGGUAUGUUACUUGGUAUGUUGGAGAAAAUCCUACCUUGACUGUUCACUCUUAUGCCUUGGCACCAAAUGGUAACAUUGAUUGGAGGUAUAUAUCGAAAGAACCUAUGGCUGUUGUCAUGAACUUGGGUAUAUCGAAUAACUGGGCAUAUAUUAACUGGCCCGCACUCAACUUUCCAGCCACUAUGAGUGUCGAUUAUGUCAGAGUUUACCAACCCAAAGACUCUAUCAAUAUAGGCUGUGAUCCGGAUGAUUACCCUACCAGCGAUUAUAUCGAGGAACAUCCAAACUUAUACGCAAACGUGAAUUUAACAAGUUAUGUGGACGGUGGUUAUAGUUAUCCUAAGAAUAAAUUGGUUCACGGAUGCUGA